AUGAGUUACUUAUGCUACUACCCCCAAGUUCAAAUCAACCAACUUCCUGUCCCAAUAACAUUCCCUAAGGGUGUUGAUUCCUUUAGAGCCUCCAUCAUCAUGUUCGUCGAGACAUUAGAAAUGGAACCAAAGCAAAACUACACAAUAUCCCAGCUCUGCACACGCUUUGCAUUCCAGAGAAGAAGAUUUUAUGACGUAGUCAACGUUUUGGAAGCCGCCGGAUGCUGCCAGAAAACGAACUUUGACUGUUUCACAUGGUUAGGCUUAGCCAAUGUUAAGCCCCACUUGGCCCAGUUAAUCAGAGACCACGAAUUAACCACUUCCAAGAAUGACAUGGAAGAAUUAUUCCCAACGAGCGAAUCCAUUACUAUUGCCAAUCUUGCUUAUCAGUUCUUGUUAGCCUUCCUUGCCCUUGACAAGAAGCUCCUUGAUAUUAAGCAGAUAGCCCUCUUCCUCUCCAGAAACAAUUCCCGUUUCAAAACAACAUUAUGCAAGCUCUAUCAGAUCUCUCAUAUAUUAGAAGUUGUUGGCAUCAUUGAGAAGACCAUCACACCAGGCGAAGUCUUGCUCGCUGAGAGAUUCUUCCCCGACAAGCCAAGUCAGAAUCAUGUCUUCAUGGAUGUCGGAAUGCUCUUAAACGGAACUAAGAAGCAAACUGCUUCCGAAGUUUAUGCCGAUAGAUGGAAUGCUUUCACAAAAGUUCAUGAAUUGCCACAGCCAAUGGUCUUACCAAUCCUGUCCCCGAUUACUUCCCCAAUUAGUGUUUAA